AUGGAUCCUCUCAUAGCUGUUGUCGGUGCUACAGGGACAGGCAAGUCCAAGCUUGCGGUGGACUUGGCCUCCCGAUUCAAUGGCGAAAUCAUCAAUGGCGAUGCGAUGCAGAUGUAUCGCGGUCUACCAAUUAUAACGAACCAGAUCCCGGUCGAUGAACGAAACGGCAUCCCCCACCACCUACUCAGCUGCAUUGAUCUCGACGCCGAGGCAUGGCGCAUAGGAAACUUCAAGCGAGAAGCACUACGACUUAUCGAAGAUAUCCGGUCGCGUGGCAAACUACCAAUUCUUGUUGGCGGCACACAUUAUUACACCCAAGCGGUCCUGUUUAAAGACCAGCUCGUAGGCGAGGGAGCGGACGAAGAAGGCGAACCGGAACCAGGAAAAGAGCUCGAGUCGACCUCGCAGAAAUGGCCGAUUCUGGACGCGGAGCCUGAAAUCAUGCUGGAAAAGUUGCGCGAGGUAGACCCCGUCAUGGCUGCCCGAUGGCACCCUAGAGAUGGGCGGAAAAUCCGGCGGUCAUUAGAGAUCUACCUAAAGACAGGGCGGCCAGCCUCAGAAAUCUAUAAAAAGCAGAUGUCGCAGAAGGAAGAAGCCGUGCAGAAGGAGGAGGGUCUACUUCGAUUUAAUACGUUGGUCUUUUGGGUCCACGCCGAAAAAAAGAUCCUUAAUGCGCGCCUGGAUGCGCGCGUCGAUGAUAUGGUCGAGCAGGGCCUGAUGUGCGAGGCGCAGAAAAUGUCGGACUAUAUACAUGAGAAACAAUCCCAGGGUGUCGAAGUCGACCAAACGCGGGGAGUUUGGGUUUCUAUUGGAUUCAAAGAACUGGCGCCCUACUUUGAGGCUGUUCGGAACGGAGAUCUUAGCGAGAAAGAGCUUGAAAAUCUCAGGCGGACAUCUCUCGAAUCGAUUCGGACGGCCACCCGACAAUACGGAACUUCUCAAGUCAAAUGGAUUCGCAAUAAACUGUGGCGCGCACUUUCAGAAUCUGGAAAAACACGUUGUUUGUAUCUUUUGGACAGCUCCAAUGUGAGCGAGUGGAAGAACUGCAUCACCGAACCAUCGGAGCAGCUUGUCCAAAAGCUGCUCCAAAACGAGCCCACACCAGAUCCCAAAUCUCUUUCUGAGCUGGCGACGGCUGAGUUCAGUGCAAAGGAAGCACAGGGCAGAGUAAAGGCCCAGACAGAGAUUCUGAAGUGCUACACCUGCGACCACUGCAAAAAGACAAUGUCUGGCGAGGACCAGUGGAACAUCCAUAUCAAUGGACAUCCCCACAGAAGGGUGCUCAGGGCUGCAAAGAAGAAAGCACAGCGCGAUGCCUAUUUCCGACAAAAAGAAAUGGAAGAGAAGCAGAGUCAUAUUUUCAAACCUGACUCAUGA